AUGGGAACGAGAUUUAUGCCAUCGUUGGGGGCAAACAUAGUUGGUAUGCUUUAUGGCAAGGAAAACGAUUUUCUCCCUAGAUCAGACUUGAGUUGUGUCAGAGCAUGGGGAAAGAUGUAUCAAAUUAUCGCUGCCAGAACCCGAGUUGCAAACGCUCUCUAUCCCAUUUCAAUGUCAAUGGGAGCUCUUCCGUCACAACGAGAAGGGGUGUCAAAAGCCAACUAUGACACACGAUCCUAUGUUCAGUAUGACUGGGGCCUCGUCACCGAUGCUGGAAAAUUAUUAUAUAAAAAAACGGAAUAUCGUAAUAUAAUUAUCAGAGUUUGA